AAUAUGAUAGACGUAAGCGGAUACGUAGGAGAUGUGGGGCUCGAGGAUGAUUGCCGUAUAGAAGUGAUGUAUAUGACUUCGUGGCCUGCUCUGAAAAACCAGUCCAGUUCCUGCACAGACAUCCACAAUAUGCUUCUUUGUGGCUUUGAGCUCUCUUGGAUCAACAGUUUCUGCCCGCAUUCUGGACAUGAUUAUGAAAUAAUUCUCGGCGUCGGUGGUGAGAAACCACGCUGUCAAAUAGCAGUGGCAAGUGGCAUUUUUAAAAUGAUCCUUUUAAUUAUCCUGGGUAAGGCACUCCAUCAUAACUUCUAGCUUCUUUGAUUCCAUCUUGCAUAAAACAUCCUUGCAAGUUGCACUGUAAUGAGGA